AACACACUUAAACCUCAAACAAUGAUAAAGCUUAUUAUAUAAUCCACUUUAAAUUCCUAAUCGUGAUAAAAAAACCAGCAGCGAAACAUUUAUUCACAAUUUUUUUCAAUAAUUACCGGUUAAUUUUAUUCAAUGUCGGCAGGAAUAUUUUCAACUUCAUCUCUUCAUGUGCCUACGUGACUUAAAUCCGGCAACGCCGGCGAGAUCUCUUGACAGCUGACUCUCCUUCGACUUGUUUUCGUUCCGUCUCUGUCGCGCCACCAUUUCCCUUUAAAUACAAUCCGACCUCCUUGUUUGUCAUCAGUGUAUUUGUGUUGUUUGUGCGGUGUACGUGCAGCAGAGACCAUGUUUUCUUUCAAUAAAUUGCCCAUCAACAGAGCGAGCCGGGAACUUCGAAACUCCCUCAAACGGCAAAUUAGCAAGACCUCCAGUGCCCCCAACAGCGACGCCGUGUCCAGGAAAGACGGUCAAUUAGGAGUUAACGCCGAUCUAAAGCCUUUCUCUAAUGUUAGAGCUGCCAAUGAUAAAUGGACCAUACACAGCAAACAUAAUAAUUCGAGGGCUUUAUCUACGAUACAAACAAAAGUAUUACCAAACGUUUCGAACGCGCCGUUCGCUACCAAAGAGGAGAGUCGCGAAUUUAUGGCCAUAUUCCCGGACAUCGUCCGGGAUUUGACCGAUGCAGGACGGCACACGGACAUACCGGAGGUGACGAAGCGCUUCGCCCACGUUCUGCAAUACAACGUGCCCAACGGCAAGAAAACCAGAGGUUUGACCACUGUGAUCGCCUACAAAAUGCUGGAGAAACCGGAGAAUUUGACCCCGGAAAACAUCCGUUUGGCCAACAUACUUGGCUGGUGCGUUGAAUUGCUCCAAGCCUAUUUCAUCGUUGCCGAUGACAUAAUGGACCACUCGGUAUCGCGAAGAGGUCGACCCUGCUGGUACAGAACGGAAGGAGUAGGUUUAAUAGCAGUCAACGAUGGAAUCCUUCUCGAAAACAGCAUUUACCUGCUGCUCAAAAAGCAUUUAUCCUCUCUACCCUGCUACGUACCCAUCAUGGAGCUGUUUCGCGACAUCACCUUCAAAACCUCCUUGGGACAAUCGCUCGAUUGCCUUUGUCUCGCCAAUGGAAAGCCCGUAUUGGAUUUGUUCACGAUGAAAAGGUACAAGACCAUCGUCAAGUACAAGACUUCCUAUUAUUCCAUUCAGCUACCCGUCGCUUUGGGAAUGUAUCUGGCCAACAUGACCGACCAAGAACAACACAGACAAGCCAAAACCAUCUUGUUGGAAAUGGGGGAAUUCUUCCAAAUCCAGGACGAUUUCCUGGACGUGUUCGGCGACUCGGAUGUGACUGGUAAAAUCGGAACGGACAUCAAAGACGGCAAGUGCUCCUGGCUGGCAGUGCUAGCUUUGCAAAGGGCCACUCCCGCCCAAAGGAAGGUAAUGGACGAGCAUUACGGCAAGGACAACGACGAAUCUGUUCGCAUAGUGAAGAAUUUAUUCGAAGAAUUGGGCCUGCCGGCCACGUUCGCCGUCUACGAAGAGGAGAGCUUCAACAUCACCAGGACGCACAUCCAGCAGAUAUCGAAGGGGCUGCCCCACGACUUGUUCUUCAAGAUUUUGAGGAAGUUCUACAAACGGGAUUGUUGAGAGAUGGUGCGUCUCGAACGGGCUGCGUAAAGAGUAUUUCUGUUUCAAGCGAACGAGGUUCAAGUUAAUCUGGUGAUGGCGUCACGCUAAUCACAAAUUCUCCUAAAUAUAGGAAAAUGGUAUUGAACAGAAAUCGUCAAUUUGCAUGAAAAACUUUACGCUGCGGCAACGUCGGUAUAUUUGAUGUUGUGACGUCAUUGCCAAUUUAUCGUGAAUGUAUUAUACUAUAAAGCAUUUUUCUAUAGUUUAGUACCUAGCAAGUUAGAAUAUAUUUUCUAUUUUUUUAAUAAUAAAAUAUUUUGAUUUUUCUUUGGUUUCUGUUAAUUGUAAGUAUUUUUUCUAUUAAUUUACGAGUGUAAGUACAGAAAUUAGAGGGAUUGAAUAUAUGGAAAAUUUUAGUGAUAUAUGUCCAGUUGAAAUGUAAAAUUUG